AUGAACAAUCCGUUCCGUCACCAUUCUCGUCGUAAAUCAUCCAAUGAUGACUAUGACCCCUUUUCUCAUCCAGAUGUUUACUACGGUCCUCAAACUGAUCCUUCAAAAGCAACUAGAAAUUCAAGAGCUGGUAGGGUUCGUACAAUGAGUAUUGUGGAAAAUGGUUCCACUCUGAGAAAUGAGUUUAGAAAUGAAAUCAAAGCGGAUUUGAAAAGACGUGGUUCUCAAGAUGAAGCUGGUUUAAUGAAUGGUGGUCGUGGUCGGAGAUUCUUUAUUAGUGAUGUUAAUGGAACUUUACAAGAAUUGUUAGAUAGUGAAGAUACUGAUAAAAACUUUCAAAUCACCAUCGAGGACACUGGUCCAAAAGUUUUAAAAUUGGGGACAAUGAAUUCAAAUGGGUAUAAUCAAAUUGAUGUUCGUGGUACUUAUAUGUUGUCAAAUUUAUUACAAGAAUUAACUAUUGCUAAAAGAUUUGGAAGAAAUCAAAUGAUUUUAGAUGAGGCAAGGUUAAAUGAAAACCCCGUUGAUAGAUUAUCAAGAUUAAUCUCUACACAAUUUUGGAAAAAUUUAACAAGAAGAAUAGAUUCAAACAGUAUUGCAACUUUUGCUAAAGAUACUAAAAUCCCAUCAAAUCCAAGAAUUUAUAUCCCUUAUAAUUGUCCAGAUCAAUAUGAAUUUUAUAUCAACGCCUCUAAAAAUCAGCCAGAUUUACAUUUAGAAGUUGAAUAUUUACCAAAAGAUAUCACCCCUGAAUAUGUUAAAUCUAUUAAUGACAAACCAGGUUUAUUAGCAUUAGCCAUGGAGACAACACAUGAUCCAUCAACCGGUGAGGAAUGUCUUGUUUCGUUUCCUUAUGUUGUCCCAGGUGGUCGUUUCAAUGAAUUGUAUGGAUGGGAUUCAUAUAUGGAAUCAUUAGGUUUAUUAAUCAACAAUAAAUUAGAAUUAGCUCGUGGUAUGGUUGAACAUUUCAUUUUUGAAAUCGAUCAUUAUGGUAAGAUUUUAAAUGCAAAUAGAUCAUAUUAUCUAUGCAGAUCUCAACCUCCAUUCUUGACAGAUAUGGCUUUAAAGAUUUUUGACAAGAUGGGUGGGAAAUCAAAUCCUGAAGCUAUGGAUCUAUUACAUAGAGCUACUAAUGCUGCGAUAAAAGAAUAUAAAACCAUAUGGACAGCAUCUCCAAGAUAUGAUGAAGAAACUGGAUUAUCUUGUUAUCAUCCAGAUGGGGUUGGUAUUCCACCAGAGACUGAACCUUCACAUUUUGAUAGUGUUUUAGGCUCAUAUGCCUUGAAAUAUAACAUCUCUAUUGAAGAAUUUAGAGAACGUUAUAAUGAUGGGACUAUCAAAGAGCCUCCAUUAGAUGAUUAUUUCACUCAUGAUCGUGCAGUUAGAGAAAGUGGUCAUGAUACUAGUUAUAGAUUAGAAGGUAUUUGUGCAAACUUGGCCACUAUUGACUUGAAUUCAUUGUUGUAUAAAUAUGAAACAGAUAUUGGGUUUAUUAUUGCAACUUAUUUCCAAGAUUCUUUUAAAAAUGAAUUAUUACAUGGUGAAGUUUAUAAUUCAAGAGAGUGGAUUGAAGCUGCAAUUAAAAGAAAAGAAGCAAUUGAUAAAUAUCUAUGGAAUGAAGAAAAAGGAUUAUAUUUUGAUUAUAAUGUUAAAUUAAAAUUACAAUCAAAUUAUGAAACUGCAACAACUUUUUGGUCAUUAUGGUCAGGAGUUGCAUCUCAGGAACAAGCUUUGAAACUAUCAAAAUCUGUUGAAAUUUUUGAACAACUGGGUGGGCUAAGUGCAGGUACUGAAAAAUCAAGAGGUGAAAUUUCAUUAGAUAGACCAAGUAGACAAUGGGAUUAUCCAUUUGGUUGGGCUCCACAACAAAUUUUAGCAUGGGUUGGAUUUGCUAAAUAUGGAUAUGAAAACAUUUCAAGAAGAUUAGCUUAUAGAUGGUUAUAUCUAAUGACUAAGGCAUUUGUUGAUUAUAAUGGUAUUGUUGUUGAGAAAUAUGAUGUUACAAGACAAACAGAUCCUCAUAGAGUCACUGCAGAAUAUGGUAAUCAAGGUUCAGAUUUUAAAGGUGUUGCCACUGAAGGUUUUGGUUGGGUCAAUGCUAGUUAUGUUGUUGGUUUAACUUAUUUACCAAAGCAUGCUAUUAGAGCAUUAGGUUAUUGUACACCACCAGGAGUUUUUUUCAAAAAUAUUAAAGAUGAAGAUGAAAGAAGACAAUUUGCCCUAGGAUCUUUUGAAGAGGAAGCUAAAAAGGAAGAAAGAAGAAGUCAUUUAAAUAACCGGGCAGCUAGUUAG